AUGGAGGGCCACAGGGGCGCUCUGGCGCUGGUGCUGGUGACGGCGGUCGCUUGUGGAGGCGUGCGGGCUUCGAACUCCGACCCCCAGCAUCUGCUGCUUCUGUUGGACUCUUCCGCCAGCAUGUCCUCGCAGAAUGCUAACAGUAAUAUUACUCUUCUACUCAUAACGGAUGGCAAUGAUGAGAACUUAGAGCAGGAUCUGAAGGAUGUAAAAAAGAAAAUUGAAUCUUCAAAAUGCCGAAUUAUAGUUAUUUUGAUGGGCAAUUCUCUUGCCAACUAUCAUCUGUUUGAAGAACUGACAGGAGCAUUUGUGAAUCAUGUCACUGACACGAGUACUGUCCUCGGUCUUUUAAAUACAAUGCAAGCUGAACUUCUCACUGUGACAAAUGUUCCCAUACCAAUUAAUAUUUUUGAAGAAGAAUUCUCAGAAAAUGAUUUACAAACUAUCUUUAGUAUUGAUAGAACUGUGGCACCAUAUACAUGUAUCCAUUUGUAUUACUGGCCAUAUAGUAUGACAAUGUCUGUGAAUCUGACAGCUCCUUCUGGUGAAAGUCAACAACUACCAAUUAGGCAAUUCAAGAAUGGAAACUUAAAAUUUUGUAAUUUACCUAAAAUCGCUGGCCAAUGGAAAAUUGACAUAUCUUCUCCUUCAUUUAACAAAUUUAUAGCCCUACAAAUAACAGCAAAUAAAAAUGAUACAAAUAUAGGGGCUGAUAUAACAUUUGAUUGUUGGAUUGAAAUAGGAAAAAAAUAUUUGUCCAUUUGUGGAUCUGUACAUCCUGGCAAAUAUUUGAUUAACAAUACAAUAAUCAGUGUGGAUAUUACUGACCAAGAUGGGAAUGUAAUAAAGAAGGAGCUGAGACAUAUUUCAGGAAACUACUCCAAUGAAGGUUUUUAUGUAAGAAAGCAUUUAAAUAUUCAAGAACAUAGAUAUUAUAAUGCACGUUGCUGGGCAAGGGGACAGUUACUGCCAGAUUCCAGUACAAUCCUUAAGCUCCAAGCAUUUACUAGAGUUGCCUGGGCAGGAACAUUUCAGCCCAAUACAGCCAGCGAAUUGUCCUUUCCAUCAGAAAUUGAUGAUCUGGUUGUGUCUGUGGAGGCCGAUGCAAAACAAUGCACUCUGACUGUGGACUUUACAGCUCCAGCCAAUGCUAUAAAAUACAAAUUGAUAUUAUCUACAACUCUGUAUGAUAUUGUGUCCAGUGAUGGAAUGAACCUUUCUACUGUACCAGGAAAAGCGGGGACAAAAGAAAAGAUAAUGUUAAAAAUUCCUCCUCACUUUACAGCACCAAGAAAUCCUCUUUAUAUUGCAAUGACCGCAAUUGGUGAACAUGGUACAGAAGGUGAAAUAUCAAAUGUCGCUUUUGUCAGAUGUGUCAGAAACAAUUCAGAAAUAUCUGAAUUGCCUACAGACGUAACUGAACACACUCUGAGAAUUUCAACAGAUGUGAUAUUGCAUGAAGCUCAAGAUAAAAUUUCGAGUACAAUAUUUGUACCUCCAAUUAAUGCUACAAUCACUUCACCAUCGCCACCCAAAAACCCAAUUGAUUUAGAAACAGCGCAUCAUCUCAAUACUUCAUUGACAACAGAUGGAGAUGAAAAUGACACUUCGCUGGCUGCCAUAAGUGGUAUGGAUGUAUCGCAAGAAUUUUCUUCAAACACUUCAGACUCAUCUAAUUCCACCACAACUACAACUGUUGACCAUAACAAUCAUAGCACUGUAAAUGAACCAAGUGAUUCUUUAGGAGCUGCUGAAAUAGUUGGCAUUGUUCUGGGAGUGUCCCUCAUUAUUGCUAUAGUAGCCAAACUUUUGUAUCAAAACGUAUACAACCGAUGGAGAAGGAGAUCAUAUGAAGUAGCCCGCCGACACAGUAAUGCAUUUGAGCCAUUCAAUGGCAAUGAUGAUCUUUAGAAAAAGCUUGGAACAAUAAAAUGAUUUUAAGGGAAAUCUGUUAACUGGGCCACAGUACUUGUUUAAUAAUUUAUUUAAUGAAGCAAAUUAUGAGUCAAUGUGCCUUCUUGUUCAGAAAAAACUGAAAGAAAAAAAAAAUAAUGACUAAUUUUAGCAUAAACAAUACUAUAUCAUAUUAAGAACUUAACAGCAGGACAAACCUGACGUAUUUGUGCAAGAGCUUGUCCAAAUUUAUCACAAGAACGGAGAGAUCGCUGAAUCCAUCCAGGCAAACCUGCUUGCACAGAUGGUCGAAUAUAACGUUUAUCAACAAGGAGCACUGUGGCAUAAUCUUCUCGAUGACGAAUGGCACGUCCUAUAGACUGAUUUACUGCUUUCAUGCAUAAAGCUUCAUAAUGUUUCUGGCCAGUGCCUGCUCCCUACAUAGACAAAUGAAAUUAAAAGACUAUGUUGCUAUGUUCAGGACUUUUGCUAUUUGGAUAAGGCAUUCCAACAACAAUUACAAGGCGGCCUAAAUCAUCUGAGAAAUUUAGUCCUUCACUCAGUUUUCCACCUGGAAAUUAACACAAAAUAUAUUUUUAGAAUGCAGCAAAGUUGUACCACCUCAUCUAUGUAGCUUAGGCUAUCUGAAUGAAUCUCAUCACAAUUUUUCUGAAUAACGUUUUGCAAAAAUAAUGUGAUAAACUAACUUUUAUCGAUUUGUCUGAAAACUUAAUUUAUCUUUAUUCUGUUUAACGUAAAAUAUUCUAUAUUUGCUCAUUUCUUGGAACAUCCAUAUUUUAUGUAUUUUUUAAUGUAACAAGUUUUAUUGUUUUUUUGGACCUUUUGAAGUUAUGCAAGGCUAGAUAAACC